CCACCUGAUGCCCUGAUGCCAUUAGGCAUGCUUUUAAAAAUAGUGCUGCUGCUACUGCUCCUUGCAGGGGCAUAUAAUGGGCUCCACGUCCCGAACUACAACGAGGGAGACUGCGAUUUCAUCUAUAAAAUCCGAUUGAUGCGCGUCUGCAAGUCGACUGUCUCGAAGAGGAUUGCCGCGACGUAUGCCGACGUAAGAGCUCCGUCGGGCACUCCAUACAGCCUGUGGGUGGUGCCGAAUGCCACGGACAUGAUCCUUGCCUCCUUCCACUCCUCGAAACUGUUGAAUCGCAAGUACAUGGAGAUCAUUAAUUACAAAAUCGAUGAAAGCCUGAAGCACUCGGACAUGCACUGCAUGAGCACCCCGAUGAAGUACGUUGCCCACCUAAUGGCCCAUUGCAAGAAAAGGAAGUUCGACGCGGAAGACACUUGCCCCAGGCCAGUCCUCCACUACACCAUGGAGGGUCCGGAGCGGCAUGACUCAGAUACUGCUCUCCGUGUCCUUGGCGACUGGCGCCUGCUCCUGCCAACGAUCCUGCUCAUCCGAGUGUGGUCCAUCAUCGAGUGGGACUGAUGCGAUAGACAAAAGCCUCCGCCAUUAUUGAGCAGUCUUUCGGCUGAUCAUAAUUGAUCAUAAUUACGCGGUAUUUGUGCAAAAUUCUCUGUUAUCAUUACUUCUCAUCGAGGGAUAUCCAGGCCACAAGAACCCCACGGACCACACAACCAACUGGAGCCUCGGCGGGCUCUUCGCGCGGCAGCAGGCGGAAGGACGGCAGCUGAAGGACCGCGGGGAAGCCACGUACUCACAGCAGAUCAUUCCCAUUCCCCCCGAGUGUGGCACAUCUCCUCUAGCACUGCUGUAAAGGAUUCAGAUUGAUUAAAAAUUUCAAAUUGAUGGGUUAACGAAAGACACGGAAACUU